AUGCGCAUACUUAAGUUGACUUUCAUACUUUUAACGAUAUGUGGAUGUUGGCGACCAGAUUCUUGGUCAUCAUUGCAUAAACGCUUAGCAUACUACGUGUAUGCAAGUAUAAUAGUUUUAUUACUAAAUACCUUUUUGCUCUCGCAAUUGAUGGACGUAAUUCUAACAGUUGACAAUGCUGACGAUUUUUCUGAUAAUUUCUUUGUACUAAUUUGCAUGUUUAUUUCUUGCUGUAAAUCGUUCAUUAUGCUCAUAAAUCGCAAAAACAUUAUCAUGCUGGUCGACAUAUUGAUGGAGAAACCGUGUAGACCGUCGAGAUCGACUGAAAUUAAUAUUCUCUAUAAAUUCGAUAAAAGCAUACAAAUUAAUACUUGGCGCUUCGUAUGUUUGGGAACUGUAACAUUAUCAUGUAUCAUGUUAUCUUCUUUAUCUAUAAACUUCAGACAUAGAAAAUUAACAUACAGAGCAUGGUUACCAUUUGACUACUCAUCAACGUUACUGUUCUAUCUGGCUUACAUUCAUCAACUGAUAAGUUUGACUGUCGCAGCAUUCUUAAAUGUUGGCUUCGAUACUCUCAUCUGUGGAUUAUUAGUACAUGUUUGCUGCCAAAUAGAGAUCUUUACUUAUCGUUUGAGAAAAAUUGUAUCUUAUUCAGACGUUCUUCGCGAUUGCACUUGUGUCUGUUAUAAAUACGAAAUUUAGACUGAUUAUUACUAUCCAAUUUAUAAUGAGUACAUUGGUGAUAUGCUUCAGCCUUUAUCAAAUAAG